AUGGACGUCGCUAACCUUCUAAAUGCCUCAACCCAUGCUGAACUUUCCAGGAUCUCAAUCCACUCUCCAAGGCCAUCGACUUCCUUCUCUUUCGAGUCAACCGAUGUCAUCAAAACCGACUCCAAAUCCAGCGUCACUCAAUACCCAACACUUCCUUCAGCGCGAUGGCUGAUCAAAGAAGUUGAACACCGCAUCUAUCUAAAUGCCCAACUCGGUCUCCGAACAAGAUGUGCAUGUUCUUGUUCUAGUCAUAUAGGCAUCACACGGAUGCCCUGGUUGUCUCGCCCUCCAAAGCUAAAACUCAAACACAACUAUCGGUUUAACCCCAUCUCACCCAAAUCACACUGCUCCAAAGCGAGCUUUUCAAACAAUGGAGAGGGACCACGAUGCACCCACCCGCCAAGCUCCGAAUAUCCUUAUUCGCAAUUAUAUCCACUCUCUGAUUCUCCUUCAUCGAGCCUUGAUUACCACGACUACGACUCUUUUCUUUCGCCAUCUUUGUCACUGACAACGUCUCCAGAACCAUUACCAUACCCACAACCUCCAUCUUCAUCAACAUCCUCCUUGCAUUCCAACUCACGAUUACGGCCACCACAACAAUCGCAAUCACAAGCGUCGUCACAAGUACCACUAGAUCAUCACAUCACAACUACACCCGAAACAGAACAAAGACAGGACCGAUACCAUAGCGAACACUUGCUGUUUACAUGGACAAAAGUAAGCGAAGAUCGGACGCCGCCCCUCUCUCCUACUCAGCCUCAGAGUCAAAGUCCCAAUGUGACGCCCCCUCCACGCACACCCUGCCCUCGAUCAUCCGAUCCUAGAACAGCCCCUUUGGCGAAGCAGGAGCAAUAUCACAUACAAGGCUUGGCAAAUGAGGAUACGAUGUUAGUUACUGAAGAGGACGAGAACAGCAUCACUGGCACCGCUUUUGGUCCUGCUCCAAUGUCCACGCCUUUGACGAUGCAUAUGUCCGUGACAAAGCACCUACAUAUCCCCGCCCGCCAAUACCGCAAGUAUGUUCGACGGCGGUCGAUGUUCAACUGCUUCGUCGCGUCAUAG